GUAAAAAGCAGCAGAGACGCAGCAGCAGCAGCAGCAGCAGCAGCAGCAGCAGGUUAAUAGGCGGGACUUCCUCCGACGACGCUUGUGUUUAUCAGCUGGGUGCAGCACGGAUCGAGCCAGUGCAGGAUCUGAUAACAAGUUUUUAGGUUGUGUCUUGACCUCCACACCAUGCUGGGCCUCUCGCUGCUAGGAGGCUGCAGUCCUCUGCUCUUCCUGCUGGUCCUGCUGCUGCCUCUGGUUUCUCUCCAUCGCCUGAACCACCAGGAGCGCAGCGAACCCAGCGUGACGGACCGUCCCAAGCUGCUGCUGGUGUCCUUCGACGGCUUCCGCUGGGACUACAUCGACCGCGUCCCGACGCCCAACUUCCGCAGCAUCAUGGACGAAGGGGUGCUGGUGGAGUACGUGGAGAACGCCUACAUCACCAAAACCUUCCCCAACCACUACAGCUUGGUGACGGGUCUGUACGCCGAGACGCACGGCAUCGUGGCCAACGAGAUGUACGACCCCGCCCUGAACAUGUCCUUCUCCAUGGAGACGGACAGCAUUUAUGAUUCUCGGUGGUGGGAGGAAGCUGUUCCUCUCUGGGUGACCGUCCAGAAAGCUGGAGGCCGGAGUGGAGCGGCGAUGUGGCCGGGGUCCGACGUGAAGAUCCACGGCUUAUUCCCCAAUCAGUACCUCCAAUACAACGCCUCGGUCUCCUUUGAAACUCGAGUGGAGUGGAUUAUCGAGUGGUUCUCUGCACCUAAAGAGGAGGCGGUGGACUUUGGAGUUCUCUACUGGGAGGAACCAGAUGAGAGUGGCCACAACCUCGGACCUCAGAGUUCCCUCAUGGACGUGGUCAUCGCCGGGAUCGAUGAGAAGCUCGGUUUUCUCUUGAAUGAGCUGAAGAAGGCCGGGCUGUAUGAGAAAGUGAACCUCAUAGUGACCAGUGACCACGGCAUGGCUCAGCUUUCUGCGGAUAACAUCAUAGAGCUGGAUGAGUACGUGAGCAGAGACAUGUACACCUGGGUGGAUAAGAGUCCAGUGGUGGGAAUCCUGCCCAAAGAAGGAAAGUUUGACGAGGUGUAUAAUUCGCUGUUGGAUGCAAACCCGAACAUGGCAGUUUACAAGAAGGACGACAUUCCCGAGCACUUUCACUAUCGGCACAACAUCCGGAUCAUGCCCAUCCUCCUGGAGGCCAAGGAGGGCUGGACCAUCAUGCAGAACAGAACCGGACACUUCAUGUUGGGAAACCACGGUUAUGACAACACCUUACGCAGCAUGCAGCCCGUGUUUGUGGCCAGAGGUCCGGCCUUUCGCCAGAAUUACGUCAAAACCUCCAUGCGCUCCGUCGACCUUUACCCACUCAUGUGCCACAUCCUGUCCAUCCGGCCUCUACCCAACAACGGCUCCCUCCUGAAUGUUCAGGACCUCCUCUCCUCCCUACCAGACUCUCCCACGCCCAUCCCAAACCACCCCCCACCCACUCCUCCCAAGGCCAGCGGCUACUCCUACGCCCCUGUCGUGGGCUCGUUCCUCGGCGUGGUGAUGGUGCUGGGAUUCCUGGUCGUCUACGUCAUACUAGUGACACUGAAACAGCGGCCGUCGCUAAAACACAGAAGCUGGGAGAUGUCGCAGCCCUUACUGCAAGAGGACUUGCACCUGUAGCUACAAAAACAGACAGGAUGACCGACACAAAAGAAGAGGAGUUACCGCUCCCCAAGGUACUACCGCUAUGUCCAGGAGCUUCCCCUAAGCGCCUUCCUUACACCACCCAAUGCAAACGCGCUGCUCUUUUUAUUGGUUGGAGAUCAAGGGAGUCUAAUCUAAUCUCCUAAUCAUUUACAUCAAGUGUAAGGGAAAUGUCUAGUGCUCGCUCCUGGUGUAGGCUUAAUCAAAAUAAUAAACCUUUACUUGUUUUUUUUUUUUUUUUUUUUAGUGGCUUUGCUUUGAUUGUGAAUUUUACCUACUAUCAUCUUUAACAUGUUCAUCGUCACUUAAUAGUAAAGGUUCAAAGCUAAGAGCGAGUGUGAACUUUUGGUUGCCAAAACUGUGAUAAUAUGAAGGCGUCAGUAUGCUGGAAACAAACUCAAGUGUUCACUCCAUGGCAGGUUGGAAAGCUUGUAAUCACAGAGAAGCGGGAAGCAAUAAUUGUUGAAAUGCGGAAAACUGCGCAAACGUUCAGACAAUCUUACCUUGAUGGCAUUCAUAGUGCUGCACUCAUUUGUACAUAAGGAAAACUGAAGUAAUGAAGUGUGAGAAGUUUAAACCCUGCUUACUUUCUCACCUCCACACGCCUGGAUUUGUAGCAGCGUGAAGUGAGUGUGAAUGAAAGUUGCUGGAUGUUCGGAAAAGCACUGUCUUUGAAGCAUACUGACACCUUCAUAAAGCAGCUGUGGGCUUAGAUAGCAGCCAGUUUGCUUUAUUUGACAUUUUCAAAUCUAUGCAAAACAGAUUUGUGUGUCAUGAAGUAAAGAAGAAUCAAAGUCUUGUUAGAUUUUUCUUUCACCACUUGUUCUACUUGUGGUCUGAGCACUGAAUAAGAUGCUACUUUGAUCUACAUACGCUGUGAUUAAUCUAAAGUAUUUAAAAACCCAGCUAGUUCCAGGUGAUUGGCUGUUGUCAGAGUUACUUUUGAAUGCCAUUUGAGCCGCAUUUCCACCACAGGAACUUUCCCCAAAGACGAGAAACCUACGGCAGAACUUUCCACCGCAGUUACCAGAAUCUAAAUGAAGUCAGAGAGAAAUUAUGUUACGCCUUGAGGGGUAGUACGUUCUAAAAGUUCUAGAACUUUAUGGGAUGGGGCUUGUAGCAUUAAACAUUUCUGAUUGGUCAAGUACUUGCAGUAUUUAUUUCAGGUGCUACGUCUCCGGCUGGUGCUAUGUCUUCUUCGACUGUGAAUAUACGAGGUUCCACGUGACGUAAAUUUCGUCUUCUCCCCCAAAGUCCGCGCGAAUUUGCACAGAUAUCUCUGCACAUGUCCACGUGCAGCCCAGAAUGUGUGUCCAUGCACCUACAUGCUAUUAAGAAAACAGUGCACAUGUUUGGCAGUAAUGUGCAUGCAUGAUUACAUAGAUAUGGAGUCUUACAAGCAGGCUCCAGCCAAGUUAUUAUGCAUCCCUGGGUGUCUGGAGUUGUUUGUGUCCAAGUAUAAUGAAGUUCUUGUGCAGUCAUUAGGCGUCUUUCCACUGCAGGAACGUUGGACAGCCAUGAGGUGGCAUGAAUGUUUGCAGUAACGCUACUCUAGUUGGUCCUUUCAGCCUUUGUGUUUCCAUUGUGGUGUAGAAUCUCACAACUCUGACCACGAUAUCAACUCAGAGUGGACAAAACAAUGGGAACUAGUGGUGACUGAACAAAAUGCCAGUUCUAUGGUCAAGUACGAAAUGGGGAUUGUUAUGUUAGCCUAUAUGGAUUUGACUUGUUGAGGCCACUGUUAGAGAAGACUGCUACAAAAUGAGGACAUGGAGUGGGCAGAACAUAUUGUUGUUCCCUCCAAGUUUAGCCAAUACACAUCUAGGCCCAUACAGCAGUUUUAUUAGGAACUACCCUGGAGUAGGUACUUUUAUCUCACCCAAAAUGGUCCUCCAAGAGGUACUACAGGGGCAUUUGUUGGAGGUAGAACCUACACAAAGGUUUGGAUUUCCUUAAAAUGGCCUGCAAGUUCUCUGUUAAUAGCUUGCUUCUUGUCCAGGGUUCAGUCAAAGCAGUGAGAAUCAAUAGUAGCAUGACUUGAAUCCCCACUGUGCUUUCAGUGGUUGUGAAGUCCCCUGUUCUGUUUUAUUUGUGCUGUUAUUGUAAAGUCUUCAGCAUCACUGCCACCUACUGGACUGGAGCGCAGCAGUUUUUUAAAAUAGUAACUCUCUAAAAAUUCCAUGUAAAAACAACAACUUCCGCUGGUCUUUAGACUGCAGUGGAAACGCAAACAACCAACAGUCCAAUGGAACCUUUAAGUUCCUGGAAAAAAGUUCCUGUUACUAAAAGUUCCGUUUACUUUGGGUGGAAAUGCGGCUUUGGAAGCAAAUGUUCCACUAAAGACUCACUCAAUGUGCCAAGCUACUGCUCAUAUGUGCUCGUCAUUCCAUGAGCUAAUCGCAUCACAACCUUGCUCUUAAGUAGUCGGUUACCAUUUGCCUUUUAACUUAACAGAGAACAUCUCGUUAAGGUGUGCAGUUGUUUGUGUGUCGGUCUGUUUUUUGUAGUUUGUGUAGGUAGGGCAUUUUUUCCUGUAUAGCUGACUGUGUACUGCCCUCCUCCUCAUACGUUAUAACCAUGGCCAUUUGUUGGUGAAAUGUGAAGUGCAAUUGCUAUUGGUCAGUAUUUUGUCUUAGGGAUUUCAAGGGUUUCGUUGUUGUUUGGUAGAGAAGACUAUAUCGGCAUGACUUGCAAGAACUGUUCCCCUAAUUUGCACUACAGGAUUGAAAUGAAACAGAAUGAAGGGGCAGUAGUUGGAUGCAUUUUAAGUCAUGAGUAAGUUGCACUUCUAGUUUGUAGUUGCUAUUUGAAAGAUUAAAAAAAAAAAAGUUAGGUGCCUCUCGCCAAAAAGCUUUUUAAUUAGCAUAACCAUAGAAAGAAGUAGAAGACGUAGAAUCCAAAUCUGCAAAUAAAUCAGAACAAUAUUUUUUCUGCAUCUUUUGAGAAGAAAUCGAUUAAAUUGUUUCCUUUUGCUUUUUGAUCCAUUGACUAAAUACCUGUGCCCAAAAAAAACGACAGACAUCACUGUGAUAUAUACUUUUUACGAAAUUUAAAUUCAUAAAUUGAAAGCAUUUAUAUGGAAAUUGUUAAUUUUCUGAUGAUUGUAUGGUUUUAUGAAAGAAAGGUGCUGUCUGAUAAUUUCCCCCUGACUUGUUAACAGAGACAUAAGAUAUAUCCAUAUUAUAUUUCAAAAUGGUUCAUUUGAAAUUUCUAGAGAAGAUGAGUAUUAGAUGAGGUUUAUCUCAGUUUAUUCUUACCUUGGAUUUGAAAUGUGGAUAUUUAAUAUUAUUUACAAAUUAACUAUCUUUGCCAUGUUGAUGCAGUUAAAGAGUCUUCUGAAAAUAAAGGAACUUAUGUGAAACUGA